UAUUUUCCUUUUUCUCCCAUUUUAAUAUAAAAAAAAAGUUUUUUCUAAUAUUUAUUUCUUUUUCUGUUUAAUAAUUUACACAAUUUAUUUCAUUUUUUCUUCUACCAAAUUCAAUAGAAAAUUUAAUAAAAUCCAAAAUUAUACUUAACUAAAUGGCAAAAAUGCCACAAAUAUCAAAAUUAUCAAAACCCUUUCACAAAUGAUCAAGAAAGACCAAAAAAAGCAAAAUAAGAAAACCAUAUAAAAUUCCUCCAGUAGUCACAGCCGCAGUGAAAGAGAACAAAAAUAAAAGAAUAGAAAAAAAAAAAACAAAUUGUUUAUUAUUUGCAAAAUUGCAAGACAAAAUUAAUUUUAUAUGUAACAUAAAUUGUGUCUAGCUUUGAGAAAUAAUUGAACAAAAUUUUUAUAAUUUCUUAUUCGAGAUCGAUAAGUCAUAAGAAAAAAAUAAAAGAAAAAAAAUAUUCCCCGUGUCUCUCUGUCUAAUUGGGUGAAUAAAAAACAUUCAUCACAAUGGCCGAUGGAAUGGGUGGUAAUUUCAAUAUAAAACAAGAAAUCGAUACAACAACAAAUUGUUGCAGUCCCACAACAUCAAUUCUAAAUUGUUCAAACUCAAUUUCAUACAGCAGUUCGGCCAGCAAUCAGCUACAAACUUCGCCAUCUGUCUCACCAGAACGUCAAUUGUGCAGUUCAACUACUUCCUUAUCGGGUGAUCUACUCUGCGGAAAUGGCAGUGAUAAUAAAGCUGGCAUACGCGAAGAAAUCCGUCGACUAUGCUUGGUUUGUGGAGACGUUGCUUCAGGCUUCCACUAUGGAGUGGCCAGCUGUGAGGCGUGUAAAGCAUUUUUCAAACGUACCAUUCAGGGCAACAUUGAGUACACUUGUCCAGCCAACAAUGAAUGCGAAAUUAAUAAACGCCGCAGGAAAGCCUGCCAAGCAUGUCGUUUCCAGAAAUGCCUCCUUAUGGGAAUGCUCAAAGAAGGCGUUCGACUUGACCGAGUACGAGGCGGUCGACAAAAGUACCGCCGAAAUCCCGUAUCAAAUUCCUAUCAGACAAUGCAGAUGCUUUAUCAGUCGACAACUUCAUCUCUAGAAGAUAUCAAAAUACUAGAAGUACUCAAUACCUAUGAACCAGAAGCGCUAUGUGUAAAUCAACAAGACGAAGUCAAAUGUAGUAGCAGUUUUUCAUCGAAAUUCAGUGGUGAUUCGCAUGAUAUGUUAGCUGUAUUGAGUGAUUUGUACGACAAAGAACUGGUUGGAGUUAUUGGCUGGGCCAAACAAAUUCCCGGCUUUACGGAACUGCCACUUAACGAUCAAAUGAAAUUGCUUCAGAUAUCGUGGGCUGAAAUUCUUACACUGCAAUUAGCAUAUCGUUCGAUACCAUUUAAUGGUAAAUUGAAUUUUGCCUCGGACGUUUGCAUGGAUGAACGGGCAGCCAAAGAAUGUGGAGCCACAGAACUGUACUAUCAUUGUGUCCAAAUUGUGCAGCGAAUGGAGAGACUAUCGCCGCGCAAAGAAGAAUACUACCUCUUGAAGGCUCUAAUUCUAUCAAAUUGUGAUGUCCUGUUGGAUGAUUCCAGCUCCUUGAGAAACUUCCGCGAGUCUAUACUAAAUUCAUUGAAUGACUGUGUGUAUUUGCUUCGACAUACGACAGCAGUCUCACAUCAACAGCAAUUGCUGCUUCUUCUGCCGUCCCUUAGACAAGCCGACAAUAUUAUUCGAAGAUUUUGGCGUUCAGUUUGCCAUGAAGGCAAUGUGACCAUGAAAAGACUGUUUGUCGAGAUGUUGGAGAGAUAAAAACAAAAUUGACCAUAGAAAUAUUUUUUAUCGAUCAGAAGCAAUCCGAAGAACAGCUAUAAUGUAUAUAGAAUCCUAUAUAAUUAUUAUAUUAUACAUAUAUACAGGUAGUCGAAAUAUGAAUGUAGAAUAAACAGAAUAUAGCAUUAAAAGUGUAAAGGUAGAACUAAAUGAGAAGAAUAAUAAAUAAAUAACAAAUUGCAAUAAAGGUGUAGUAGUAAUGUCUAAAAAAUAACAUAUUUUAACUUACAACUAAAUGUGCUAUCUAAAUAUAUUAUUAUAUAGUAAAACAAAAAUAAACAAAAAACAUAUUAUUUUGUGUCAUAAUUUAUAUGACGGCAGUUUUAAGUGUAAGAAUUUUUAAUAUAGUAGGUACUCGAAUGAGAAACCAAUCUCACAAUUGGAUUGCGUCGCAAAAAGAUCUCUACAGCUGAAUUUAUAUAAAUGAACAAUUUAUUAUUAUUGAUUUUCAUAAUGAACGUAUUAACACGAACUAACGGUUGAGCCUAACAAAGUGAAAUAAAAAAAAAAUGCAAUACAUACAUUUAUGUUAUUAUUUGUGAAAAAGUGUUAACAAACUAAAAUGCUGAGUCAAAAAAAUAUUAGAAAGGAGAAAAAGUGAAAGCACCAAUGAAAACUUUGUAUUUAAACAAACAAAAAUAUAUAUAAAAUAAUGUAUAAAAUAUAUAUAGAAAUAUAUAUUAAUAUUUAAGUUUAUUUUUCUUGUAAAACAAAAGUAAUCAAAUAAAUUUGUUUCAUUUUUUGUUGAAAAUGUCAUCUUGGUUUUGGUUUUGUAAAAGAUAGAUUUUUAUUAAAUCCGAUAUAAGAAACAAUUAUUUGUUUACCUAAAGUACAAGACUUGACUCAGCCCCACAUAUGAAGAUGCAUAUCGUCGGCUUAGAGUGUUAGGGCCAUUUGCUGAAACGAAACUUAAAUAAUUUAAGUUAAACAUAAGCUCGUAUUCUCUACUUUUUUCUCUGCGUAAACUGUUACAUAAGAAUUAAUUUAAAAAUUAAAUGCUUAAGUUUUGAUUCAGCAAACGGCUGAGUUUAAGCUCAUUUUUUUUACGGCCCUAUGUGAAGCGCAUAUCGAAUAGGAAAAGUCGCGAAUGAAAAUGUAGAGAAAAGAGGCAACAAAGGAACCUUACGGGGCAUCAGAAUGAACCUGAACAAAUUGUUUACUGGUUGAACAGAAUGAAAAUUCGCUUGUAGCAAAGAAAAACGUCGUGGUACAAGAUGUCAAAUAAAUUCGCUCAAAAUGUAGAAAAGAUGAACAGAAUUAUGUGGCGUACAAAAAUGUCAAUUGCCUUGAAAAAAAAUAAUUUUAACUGAGUAACCACAUUAGAAACGUCAAAAGUCAUUCCGCUUGUAGCUUGAAGUAAAAGUCGACUCGACUUGUACCACAGCGAAUUUCCUUGCCACAGCCACAGCUACGUA